AGUCCCAGUCCCACGCUCUUAACCACUACACCACACUGGCUCUCAGGGAGGACAAGCAUCCGUGUUGCAACAUGUCAGGGAUGGAGAAGCAGUUGUAAACCAUGCAAUGGCACGGAUGGGGUGGGAGAGGGAAGUAUGAAGGAGGGCAUCUCUUUAUUUCACUUAAAGUGUUGGCAUGCCAUCCCUCAGCCCCCAAAAUGUAUCCUGGAAUGACUUACAAUUAACCAGUAAAAGGCAAUCUAAAAAGGUACAGCACAAGAAAAGAGGAUUGGGAAAGCCCCCCCAAGAGGAAGAAACAGGCAAACCCCCCACUUUUUAACCAGGCAGAUCUUGUUUUGCUCGUAAAGCAUCGGCUUGUGUGAGGACCAUAAGAAUUGGCUGCAUUGGCUCCAAGCAAGAGUUGCCAAUUUGUGGAACCAAGACACUGCUCCCUUUCUAUCCUGAGAGACCAUGGCAGUAGCAGCAGAAGGAGGAGACCUUGCAGCACCAAGCCUUCAGUUAGAGGCUUCACUGGAGCAGGAUGAAAAAGCAGAAGAGCAGGAUCUGCCAGCUGCUGAAGCAGGAGGAAGCUGUCAGGCCAUCCAGGCAGAGCAUGGCACGGAAUUCGGGGAAAGGGCUGCACCAAAGUUCCUAAGCCAGGACCUGAUAAAUCUGGAUGUCGAAUGUCAGCGCUUCAGACAGCUCCGCCACCGAGAGGAUGAAAGCCCCCGGGAGGUUUACAGUCGGCUCCAGGAGCUUUGCCAUCAGUGGCUGAAGCCUGACAGGUGCACAAAGGAACAGAUCCUGGACUUGGUGAUCCUGGAGAAGUUCUUGGACAUCCUGCCCUUGGAAAUGCAGAACUGGGUCAGACAAGGUGGUCCUGGGAGCUGUGUCCGGGCUGUAGCUUUGGCAGAAGAUUUUCUAGUGAAGCAGCAAAAGGAUCCAGGUUGCAAAAAGCUGGUGCAAGGGCCAUUCAUGGAGGCAGCUGGUUGUUCUUUCGAGGCAAAGAAGUCUCCGUCGGACGACGACUGCCCGGGUCUCCAGUUCAGGGGAUUCCUCCAGGGAGCUGAUGGAGGUGGUGCCUUGCCAGGCAGCGCAGCGGCAUCUGAGAAGCACUCUGGAUCCCCUUCUUUUAGUUUUGGUGAGAAAAUGGCUGCCACACUGCCUGCUCAGGGCCUGGUGACUUUCGAGGAGACGGCUGUGCGCUUCACCGAGGGGGAGUGGGCCUUGCUGGAUCUAGGCCAGAGGGCUUUGUACAGGGAGGUCAUGCUGCAGAAUUAUGGGAUGGUGGUCUCUCUGGGCACUCUGCUGUUCCCCAAACCAAAACUCAUCUGCUUGUUGGAAGAGGAGGAGGAACUAAAUGGCUGGGACACUGAGGAAGGAACAAUAUUGGCAGGAUGGACAAGGGGAAAUGAAAAUGAUUUAUAUGAGGCUUUUGCAGAAAGAACCAAGAGUCAAGAUGCAAAGCAGAUUUUUGUGAAUGAAGAUGGACUGAAGAUGCAGGUUGUAAAACCAGCAGUGAAGUGGAAGAAUGAAUUCCUUUAUUCUCAAGAUAUCAAAUAUCAUGAAAUCUUAUUCCAACCAGAACAAUACAAAGGAAGGAGAAGGAAUGAAUGUACUGUGUGUGGGCAAAUCUUCAGUCAUAAAUCAAGCCUUGUUACUCAUCAGAGAAUCCACACAGGUGAGAGACCGUAUAAAUGCACAGAAUGUGGGAAGAGUUUCAACCGGAGAACACGACUCACUUCACAUCAAAGGCUGCACACAGGGGAGAAACUGUAUAACUGUUCAGAUUGCAGCAAGAGCUUUUGUGAAAAAUCUAGUCUUAAUGCCCAUCAGAGAAUUCACACAGGAGAAAAACCCUUUAAAUGCUUGAGCUGUGGGAAGAGCUUCAGCCGUAGCUCAAACCUUAUUGCUCACCAGAGAAUUCACACAAGGCAGAAACCCCGUAGCCAUUCCAAAGCUGGCAAGGGCUUCUCAUUUCAGUCUAAGCAUGUUUCACAAGAGAGAAUUUGUACAGCAGAGGAUCUGUGUAAUUCCUCAAAUUUUAACAAAAACAUCUGUGAUGAAUCACGUUUUAUUGAACAAGAAAUCUAUGCAGGAGAAGAAAUGUAUAAAUGUUUUGACUGUGGAGAGAUCUUCAGCAAGAGCUCAAAUCUUUUUACACAUCAGAAAAAUCACUUAGAAGAGAAACCAUAUAACUUCUGUAAUAGUAAUUUCUGUGAUAAAUCUGGCCUUAUGACACAUCAGGGUGUCCACUCAGGAGAAAAAAUGUUUAAGUGCUCCGUGUGUGAAAAGAGCUUCACUCGGAACUGGAGCCUCAUUACGCAUCAGAGAUAUCAUAGAGGAGAGAAACCAUAUAAAUGUACAGACUGCAGUGAGAGCUUUUGUGAUAAAUCAAGCCUUAUCAGGCAUCAGAGAAUCCAUACAGGAGAGAAACUGUAUAAAUGCUUCAUUUGUGAGAAAAGCUUUAAUCAGAGCACAAACCUUUUUACGCACCAGCGAAUUCACACAGGGGAGAAGCCCUAUAAGUGCUUUGACUGUGGGAAGAGCUUUAAUCAGAGCUCGCAUCUUAUCAGACAUCAGAGACUCCAUACUGGAGAGAAACCAUAUAAAUGCUCAGAAUGUGGGAAAAGCUUCACUCAGAGCCCUAAUCUGAUUAGGCACUGGAAAAUUCACACCAGAGAGAAUACUUAGUAACACUUUCUUUGUGUUAUGAAAAUGUGUCAGUCAGAACUCAAGGGUACAGCCCAUCAGAUGAAGCACCAUCAGAGCGCAAAGAGCUCAUGCAAAGGAGAAAUGACUGCUAAGGUCAUGCUUCAGAAUGGUUUCACAUGCACAUCACAGAUUAUCAUAUCCCCUGACUUUUUCCUCAGGUGACUGCAGAUCCUUCCUAAUAGUUUAGGCAAGGUAGAACUUGAGUUGGAAAUACAAAGGCUCAGUUUUUGGUAAUGGUUGAUGGGGAGUCUGAACAGAUGAUGACAAGAGAUAGAAAUGAGAGGAGUCUGUUUUUUAGAAUGUCUUUGGUCUACUGACCCAAUUUAAAUUUCACCUGUUUGUGGUUUAAAUUGUUCGAAAUAGGUUCUCCCUGUCCCAAACCUUCUGCUUUGGGCUGGGUUAGCAUCCUUUUCCAUCCAUCUGCUGCCCCAUUUGGAUUCCUCAUUUUGCCAGGGAGCUGUCCAGUAGGGCAGAGCUGCUGAAGAGUGGAGAAUCCAUCCAACCAAGGAGCUGGUCAGAAGAAGGUGUUCCAGUAGUAGCAUCCAGGUGGCAAAAAGGAUUUUGUGGGCAUCACAGGUGCCCCAAACAUGCCUUGUGGAGCCAUGAUCUGGAGUAACUAAUGGAGGAAGCUUCGCACUGCUGGGCACAUGCUGAGCGUUAUGGGCUGAGCUUUGACUUGGCAGUGAUUCUGCCAUGGGCAUCUUGGGAUGGUGCUGGAGGUUCGGGAUCAGUUGUGUGUAUAAGCCCUGAGAAUGCCUCAGGGGCCCCUACACACGUGCACGCACACACACGCACACACACCCCUCCCCAACUGGGGCAUCAUAGAGGGUGCUGGUGCCAUGGUGUUCAUCUGGAGUCCCAGCAGUCUUUGCGACAGGAAAUGGGAUCCUCCUUCUCUGAGGAAGGGGAGGAGGUCUGUCCUGUCUGGACCGGGUCUAAUCCACUAAGCACCGUUCUUAGAAGAAGGCAUCUAUGGAGCGAUUUUAUAAAUAGACUGCUAGCUGAGAGUCCAAAGUCAACACAUCAUGCGUGGCCUAGAAGACCCGAAUUUUGCAAAUCAUGCUGAUCUUGAGAGAGUCUCAGGAAGGGUUACCCCAUACCUGUUCUUUCAGAUUGUAUGAUUGAUUUAACAAAUUUCCUCGCUGCCUUUCAAAACUGUAGACUUCCCAAGGUGGUCCAUACUGUAAAUCAGUAAAAAUUAAAUAGCAAAGUAUAAAGCUACCUUUAAUUUUAAAAUUGCAUAGAAUAGACUGCAACUAUGUAGAUGUAACCAAUGCAAUAAAGCUGAUUGUUUUUCUUACUAAGGUAAGAGGAACAGAGGGGCAGUCAAUUAAGCACUGGAAUAAUUAGUUCAUAUAUGUUUAUUCAUUAAAUUCAUUAAAUUUCUUUCUCUCGCAAGGCAGUUUAUAAGGUUCUCCUUUCUGCUUUAUCCUCACAGCAACAACCCUGUGGGGUAGAAUAGGCCCAAAGUCACACAGUGUCCCUCAUGGCUGAGUGGGGACUAGAACCCCAACCUCCCAAGUCCCGGGCUAAUGCUUAAACCACUGUGCCAGUUGUUAGUCUAGUAGGAGGCAAGGGAGAAAGGGCAGCUUAAAAAGAUAGCAUGCAAAUAGGAAAAGAAUUCUAGCCCAGGGAUGCAGAGACCCAGCGGCUGAAUUCCAUUUCAGGAAAGUUUUUGGAGAUUGCCCGUGGUAGGCAAGGGCAACCUGAACAAAAGGCUGAACAGACAUCGCCAACUCUGCCAGUAACUAAGCCUUAGAAGAUGCACUUCAAUAUUUAGAAUGGGGGAAAAACUAUCAAGGCUAGGGAACCAUCCAACAGUCAGGAUCAUGGGGAUGGAACCACCGUCUGGAACAAUCCCUAAAUUAGGCUCCAGGGUAUGUAACUCUGCCCUCUGGAGAUGGUGCUCGUGGGUUUUUCUUGCAAGGAAUGUAUAAAAUGCUAAAAAUGUAAGCAAUGGGCAGCAGACAUACAAAUACGGAAAAUAAAAGCGCACUUUCUCCCCCACCAGAAGUCUAAAAUAGUGUGGUCCAUUCACACACAGCUCCCUAAUGGGGGAGAAUUCUGCAGAAGCUGAAUUGGACCUUUGAUCAUUUCAGCCUGGCAGUGAUGGUGGUGAGGGCGAAUUGUGAUUUUGACUACUCAGGUGUGCAGACAUAAAUAAAUCCAACUCCCCAUGCAAGGAGAAAUUUAGCACAGUAGGAAAUGCACUGUGCUGGCUCUCCUUUCCCUGAUGCGAAACCACACAGGAAUCACAUUAAAAAGGUGCUCACCUGGAGCUGAAAGGAAUGUCUUUCCCUCUACCUCCCAUUCAUUUGCUCAGUCUGUAGAUCUGCAUUUCCAACAGCAACUGAAUAAACCGCUCUGGGUGCCUACGAAGAGGCCAGGAAGGAGCUGGCCAACUAAGUGUUUUGUCACCAACAUCUUUUGUUCCCCAGGUGUGUGACUUCUGUAUGUGCAGGAUGGGGAACACGUGUCUCUCACGGUUUUUUACUUUUCCCUGCCCCAUAGCUCAUCACACUUUCUUUCAUGGUUACUAGUAUUAUUCAUAGUACCUGAAGUUUCACAUGCUGAGCAGUAUACCACAGGGGCAAUUUUCAUGGGACAGAAAACCCGUCCCCUUCACAAACAGUGUAAUGUACGUCACUUCCUUUUGUAAAGAACAAACGAUUCCUAAUAAAUUUGUAUCAUCACAUUUA